AUGCCUCGCGGAGCUGAUUACGACAACGGUGUCCCUCAGAGCGACAACGCUAUUGAGGCCGGCCAGACUAAGGUCCACGGUGCCGGAAACGACAACGCCGACCUCAACCGCACCCACAAGGUCGCCGAUCUCCCCGUCGAGGGUGUUAACGCCAACGGCUUGGCCAGCGGCGGCGGCUCCUCCGGCCCUACCCAGCACGGUAGCGGCAAGGGCGGACACAACCCCAACACGCUUGGAGAGAACAAGGGUGUCGGUGCGCAGGGCGUUUAA